UUUUGCAGUUUACCCUUGAACGGCAGUAGCAACCGAAAUGCCACUAAGUGACGUUAAAUUGACGGAAUCCGGCGAAAGUGUGGUCAUCUCUGGCAUAGCGGGACGUUUUCCACAGUCGGAUAAUGUGCGAGAAUUUGCCCGCAAUUUGUACGACAUGCGCGAUCUCGUGGAUGACAAGGAGACUCGUUUCUCCCACUCCAUACAGGCCAUUCCGCGGCGGUUCGGGAAGAUCAACAAUUUGCAGAAAUUCGACAAUCAGUUUUUCGGGUAUAACCGACGACAACGCGACACGAUGGACCCGCAGCAAUGGAUGUCGUUGGAGCAUGCUUUCGAAGCCAUUCUGGAUGCGGGGAUCAAUCCGGAAAGCUUGCGAGGAACCCGAACGGGUGUUUUCUGUGGAGUGUGCUUCUCGGAGUCCGGAGCACGAAUGUAUUAUUCCGCUCUGGGAAAUGUCGAAAAGGGUUUGGGGUUGCAAGCGUUCAACAAAUCGUACUGUGCGCUUAGACUGUCUUAUACGUUUGACUUGAAAGGACCAAGUCUGGUUAUUGAUUCGGCCUGCAGCAGUUCGUUGUACGCGAUUGAUGUUGCAUAUAGGAGCAUUUUGAGUGGAGAUUGCGAUGCGGCCAUAGUGACUGGGGCGAAUUUAACGUUGCACCCGUUCAUAUCAUAUCAGUUUGCAUUGCUUGGUGUGCUUGCGAGCGAUGGUUACUGCCGACCGAUGGACAAGGGCGCUUCGGGAUAUACGAGAUCAGAGGCUGUUUGUGCGGUGUUUAUCCAGAAGGCUAAGGAUGCUAAACGCAUCUAUAGCCACAUUGUGCAUUCGAAGGCAAACUGCGACGGCUUCAAAACGGAAGGGAUAACGUUUCCGUCUGGGCUGGUUCAACAGCAGUUGCUGCAGGAAAUCUACAAUGAAGUUGGGAUAAGUCCUACGGAGGUGGUAUAUGUUGAAGCUCAUAGCACCGGUACGAUUGUGGGUGAUCCGGAGGAAUGCGAUGCGAUAGACAAAGUCUAUUGUAAAGGUCGAGAUAGACCUUUGCUCGUGGGUUCAGUGAAGUCAAGUAUAGGUCAUACGGAAGCAGCUGCAGGGGUUUGUUCAAUAGCAAAAUGCAUUAUCGCAAUGGAGAAUGACUUGAUUCCGCCAAACAUAAACUUCACAGAAUGCAGAAAGGAUAUACCAGCAUUGGUCGAGGGUCGGCUGAAGGUCGUUUCAGAGCCUACAUCGUUAGGGGGAUCGUUGAUUGGCAUCAACUCGUUUGGGUUUGGAGGAGCGAAUGCUCACACGUUGCUGUGUCGGAAUUUGAAGGAAAAGAAGAAUCACGGCGUUCCGGAAGACGAUUUGCCACGUGUAGUGUUGUGGUCUGGAAGUACCAAAGAAGCGGUUGAAUGUAUGCUGCAGGACAUAAGUGAGAGACCACUGGACGCUGAAUUCAUUGGGCUUUUGCAUGAUAUUGAAAAGCAACCAAUUCAAGGUCAUCGUUAUCGUGGAUUUGGAAUUUUUCAAAAUAAUGGUAACAACUCGGCCAUUUUGAAAGAAUCGCGAAUUGAACGGGUGAAAAUAGAUUCUUUUCCCACUGUUGUCAUUUUCGGUGGAAUAAAUCUCAACUGGAAACAAGAGUUGGAUACGCUGAGGAGAAUUUCUGCAGUGGAUUUGUUCUACGCUAAAUGUGGCAAUGUUCUUAAAACUUUGAAGUUCGAUCUUUACAAGGCACAUGCGCCGGAAAAGAAUAUUCUCUACAACAUGGUCGGUUCCACGGUGUUACAGUUAUCAAUUGUAGAUCUGUUGAUUACGAUGGGAGGCGUUUUCAAUUUCUACGGAGGUCAUUCAAUCGGACAGUUCACUUGCGCAUAUGUAGACAAUUGCUUGACAUUGGAGCAAGUUCUUAAACUGGCAUUUUGGCAUGGACUGGUUUAUUCAGAUAGUCAUGCAAUUUGUGAUGCCACUGCUUUUGUCCUAAUGAACUCUCAGCUCAAUCAGUUACCGAUUAAGAGCAUUCUUAAGCAUAAAUCAGAGUCAUUUUGUGUUCUGACAUCAUCAGAAAGAGAUCUAAGCGAGCAAGUUCAUCAAUUGAAAUCAUCCGGGUUUUUCGCAGAGAAGCUAUCUUUCCUGAACUUGCAUUCGAUUACCGAUUGCUCUGCUGCUUUGAGCAACACUCUACGUCAAACCGUAAACGUGGUUCUAUCUAAGGCUAUCAAUCCGUCAGACAAAUGGAUAACUGCAAGGUUACCCCAGGGAUGUUCAAUUUUCCAUUCUCCAGCACUGCAUGAUGCAUCUUCGAUUGUUUACCUGCUCGAACGUGUCCCUUGCUAUACGAACGUGCUACAACUGGGAUGUUCCCAAACUUGCGAAAAAGUCCUUCAGAUUCUGCAGCGGCAUUCACGUUACCUAUCGCCCGGUGCGGAGUCUACUGAUGCGAUCAGUCGACUGUUGAGCGUAAUUGGCCAGUUAUUUUUGGUAUCUCAGAACCUGAAUGUCUCUCACCUGUACCCUCCCGUUCAGUAUCCUGUUUCACGAGGAACGCCGAUGAUCGCACCAUUGAUUCGCUGGGAUCACCGAGAGGAUGCCCAUGUAGUGAAGUACACGUGGGAUCAAACCAGGAAGUCUCGGAUUACGACAAUCAAUAUCCCCUCAUCGAGUCAGGCCUGGAAAUACAUCGAAGGGCAUAACAUCGAUGGCAGGAUACUGUUUCCGGCGACUGGGUAUUUGAAAAUAAUUUGGGACCAUGUAGCCUACCUUUCGCAUUGCGAUUCGGAUGACUUUGCAAUAGAAUUCGAGGACUUGAGGUUUCUACGUGCGACCAGCAUCGCCAAUGGUCAAACUAUUCGGUUCAUGAUUUCAGUCGAAGAGGCCUCCGGAUAUUUUGAGAUAAUAGAAGGCGAUACAGUUGUUGUGACUGGGUAUGUCCGGGAAUGGUCAGGGAGCGUGGAGGACGUCGCUAGUGCUCAUGCGAGUUCAGUGGCAAAGCUUCCUACUCGUGAUUUCUACAAAGAGCUUCGCCUCAGAGGAUACUACUAUUCGGGGUUGUUCAAAUCGGUUUUGGAAGCUAAGGCUGACGGUUCGAUGGCAAGGAUACAGUGGAAAGGCAACUGGGUUGCAUUUUUGGACUGCUUAUUGCAGAUCGGAAUCAUUGCUACUGAUAGCCGGCAACUGGUGGUUCCGACAGCUAUUGAGAAACUUUGUAUUUCUCCCAGAGCUCACAUGGCGAAGAUCGAUGAAUGUGGAGAAGGUUGUGAGUUCUUCACAUCGAGAACAUGUUUGGUGACAAAUACUUCGGUUUGUGGAUCGGUGAUGAUCCAUAACAUGCGAGCCAGUAGCAUAAAUCGUAGAAACCCACCCGGGAGUCCUGUUUUAGAAACAUAUCAGUUUGUUCCUUUCCACUCUGGUGAUAAUAUAUCAAUACAGGAAGCCAUUCGAAUGAUAGUGCAAUUGGCUCUGGAAAACGUUCCAACCAUUACUGUUAACGUUACCGAAAUUCACGACAGCUGCUCACAAACCAUAGUACAAAUGUUCGGAGAAGCAGUAAAUGAUCUGCCUUUGGUACAAUCCCACAUGACUCUUCUAAGUUCCAAACAUUCUGAACUCGGCGAUGUCAUUGUUCUAGAUGAAAGGCUUUCCAGCCAGACAAACCAGUUGUUUUUGAUAACAAGUAACACACUAAACGAUUCAACAUUUAUUCACGAUGCCAUUGGUGCACUCAAUGAUCAUGGAUUCAUAAUUGUUCGAGAGAAACAUGGCUUCAACGGUGACGAUCUGACUGUUCCGGAGCAGUUCAACCUUGUUUCUUCAUUCCACGUCGAUGAACACGAAACCCUGAUUUGUUUGCAGCGAAAAACCUACAUGGAAUCCCCGAUAGCUAUCAGGCUAGAUCCGGAAAUAAACUGGCUGGCCGAUCUUAAACAAGUAAUCAAAAAUCGAUCAGUGGUCUUAUACUCCCAGAACGAUCCGAUUUCGGGAAUCGUUGGACUGGUAAAUUGCAUCCGGAAAGAGCCAAAAAUGCAAAACAUUCAAUGUUUAUUUAUUGACGACCCGACGGCUCCGAGCUUCGCACUGGAUGAUGCUUUCUACAAACACCAAUUGGAUCUAGGGUUGGUGUUCAACGUGCUGCGAAACGGAACCUGGGGCAGUUAUCGUCACCAUCUGUUACCAAAAUUGCCGAAAACGGAAGCUGUGCGUGGUCAUUGUUAUGCAAACAAUCUAACGAGGGGUGAUCUUUCGUCGAUGAUGUGGUUCACGGGAGCACUCAACGAGAAAGAUUUCGUUCCUAAUAAGGUAAGAGUAUCGUACUGCUCGCUGAACUUCCGGGACGUCAUGAUGGCUACUGGAAGAUUGUCAUCGGAUGUGAUGUCUUCGCAUCGACUAGAGGAGGAUUGUGAUCUUGGGUACGAAUUUUCUGGGGUAAUGGAGGAUGGUAGACGAGUGAUGGGGGUUCUGCCUUCAGGAUCGCUGUCUUCGAUGGUUGAGGCAGAUCCUUGCUUGACCUGGCCUGUACCUGAUUCUUGGAGCUUGGAAGAGGCUUGCACUGUUCCGAUCGUAUACGGCACCGUAUUGAUAGCAUUUUUUGUAAAGGCUCACAUACGGAAGGGGCAAUCGGUGUUGAUCCAUGCCGGAAGCGGUGGUGUAGGAUUGGCAGCAAUACACGUUGCUCUUGAACAUGGGUUAGAAGUGUUUACAACAGUUGGAACUGCAGAGAAAUCCAAAUUCCUGUUGUCAAAGUUUCCGGCUUUGAAGCGAGAGAAUAUCGGAAAUUCACGGGAUGUUUCCUUUGAGAAAAUGAUCAAGCUAAGGACCAAAGGGAGAGGAGUGGACUAUGUGUUGAACUCGCUUUCUGAAGAGAUGUUCUAUGCCUCUAUUAGAUGUCUGGCGAAAGGUGGACACUUUCUGGAAAUCGGAAAAUUUGAUAUGGCGAGGGAUUCCCAAAUCUCCAUGGAACUUUUCAAAAACGGAAUAACAUUCACGAGUAUAAUGUUGGAUGCAAUCACGCGGGAUUCUUCAACAGUUAAGAAGAUAAUGCACGACAUCAUUUCAAAAGCAAACGAAGAUGGGCUUCUAAAGCCUCUCAAUACAACUGUUUUCGGCGGGGAUGAGCUGGAAAAAGCGAUGCGGUAUUUGGCAAGCGGCAAGCACACUGGAAAAGUUCUAAUAAAGCUUCGCGAAAAGGAUACUGAUAUUCAGACGAUACCGAUGACUUAUCUCUCUAAAGUACACUGCAACCCGUCUCAGGUGUACAUAAUUGUUGGCGGAUUGGGUGGAUUUGGUUUGGAAUUGGCUGAUUGGCUUGUGCUUCGAGGUUGUAGAAAGCUGGUUAUCAGUUCUGGUCGCGGUAUCACCAAACCAUAUCAGGAUUAUAGAAUCAAAACGUGGAACAGCUAUGGAGCCCUCAUCCAUAUCUCAACGGCGGAUGUUACUACAGAGGAUGGCUGUCGCACACUUCUUCAAAAAUCGGCCCAAUUCGGUCCAGUCUCAGCUAUCUUUAACUUGGCUGUGAAACUGUGCGAUGCCAUAUUGGACAAUCAAUCAGUGGAUAAAUUCGUUGAAUGUCUGGCGCCGAAAGCAAAGGCUACCGAACACCUGGACAGAGUUAGUCGUGUACUGUGUCCACAGUUGAAGCAGUUCGUAGUGUUCUCGAGCGUUUCCUGUGGACGGGGCAAUGCAGGUCAGAGUAAUUAUGGAAUGGCUAACUCCGUGAUGGAGCGAAUCAUCGAACGAAGACAUUUGGAUGGUUUGCCAGCCAAAGCAAUACAGUGGGGAGCUAUCGGAGAGGUUGGACUGGUAGCAGACAUGGCAGAAGAUAAGAUCGACCUGGAAAUCGGGGGAACCUUGCAGCAACGCAUUUCUUCGUGUCUGCACGAGAUGGAUUACUUACUUACAUGCGAUGCUCCUAUUGUGGCCAGUAUGGUUGUUGCGGAGAAACGAUCUGGUAGUGGAUCGAAGAAUGUUAUCGAAGCUGUGAUGCACAUAAUGAGUAUUAGAGAUCUGAAGUCGCUAUCCAUGGAGAGCACUUUGGCGGAUGUUGGAAUGGAUUCCUUGAUGGCGGUCGAAAUCAAACAGUUGCUAGAAAGAGAUUUCGAUGUUUCUUUGUCGCGACAAGAAUUGAGAACGUUGACGUUCGCAAAAUUGAUCAAGAUGGUUGACGAAGUAAAAUUAGCAGAACAAAAUCGGGAAAAUGCAGGAGACGAGCCUGAGGCGUUUGAAUUGCAAAUGUUGAUGCGGAAUUUGGGAAAUGAGGAAACCAGUAGCACAACACUCUUACGUGUACCAUCAGCUAGCCAAGGCGGUCGCCCGAUCAUUCUCAUACCUGGUAUAGAAGGUGUUGCAGGUAACGCGCUCAGGUCCCUGGCAGCUCAACUGAAAGCUCCGGUGUACGUGCUUCAGUUAACAGAAACACUAGACAGGGAAAGCAUUCCCGCAAUAGUUGAUUCAAUCAUCGACGAAAUAUGCAGUCUCGGUCUUAACGAUUACGCUAUAAUAGCAUACUCAUUCGGAGCUUUCGUAGGAAUGGAGCUAAUAAGGCAGCUUCAGAAGAGGGAUAAAAACGGGAGGAUUUUUCUGAUAGAUGGCGCCCCUAAAUUUUUAAAACAGCUAGCACUCAAACAACUCAGUGGCAACACAUCGGAUGAACACAUUCAAAAGGCAGUUAUUAUUGCAAUGGCUGUCAUGACCUUUAAACAUCUACCCGUAGAAAGCAUAUCUUCUAUUUUGCAAGAGCGAUCAUUUGAAGAACAAAUUGAAAAGUUUAUCGAAAUAGCAGCAGAGCAUAACCCAUAUUCAACAAAUUACACGAGAAAAACGUCAAAAGCUUUGUUUAGGAGACUGAAAAUGGCGGCGCUGUUCAACCUGGAGGAAUGUGAACAAUUAAGUGUGCCAAUCUUUCUGGUUCGACCUACGAUGGGAUCGAUUGCGGAUAUUGAAGAGGAUUAUGCGCUUUCGUUGUGUACUACAAAAGAAAUCACCCAUCGAAUGAUUGAAGGUACCCAUGAGACAAUGUUGGAGAACCCUAAUCUCGUUGAACUGAUCAACAGCUGGUGUUCGUAAUUACUUGGCUUCGAAUAAAUAUAAUCCCACUUACUUUAGUAUAGCUUAAUACAAAAUCAAACGAAUCUUGAAA